UCUAAGUCGUACGGUCCUGUCCCAUUUCUACGUCGCACGGUCCUGUCCCAUUGUGGACCUAUAAACUAUAACAUACAUCUGACGGAUGUAUGAGGACGUCGAUGUCUUGUUGAAUGUUUCUGUUUCAUCGUCAGUACUCCCGAGAUGUUGAGAUGUCUGAUGAGCUGGGUCUGAACUCCUACCGCUUCUCCAUCUCCUGGACCCGGAUCCUCCCAGACGGUACUGUGGCGGGCGGCAUCAACCAAGACGGCAUCGACUACUACAACAACCUCAUCAACGAACUUCUCAUCAACGGCAUGACGCCGUACAUUAGCCUGUACCACUGGGACGGGCCGCAGGCACUACAGGACCAGUAUGGCGGUUGGGUGAGCGAGACUAUGGUGGACUUUUUCAACGACUACGCCCGCGUGUGCUUCCAAGCCUUCGGAGACCGUGUCAAGCAUUGGGUGACGUUCAACGAGCCAUGGUCCUUCGUGGUGGGGGGGUACGGAAUCGCCGGGGGUGCUCCCGGGAUCUGGGAUGCCAAUUAUACUGUACAGUACAAGGCAGCUCACAACGUCAUCCGCGCGCACGCUCGCGCCUGGCACACGUACGAUGAGGAGUUCCGGGCAGACCAGCAGGGGUCCUGUGGUAUCGUCAUCGGGUCCCUGUGGAGCGAACCUCUGGAUCCCGACAACCCACAGGAUGUCCUGGGCGCUCACCUCUACCAACAGUUCUUCAUGGGGUGGUUUGGAAACCCGAUCUUCGGCAACGGCAACUACCCACAGGAGAUGAUAGAUGUCAUUGCAGCCAACAGUCAACAGGAGGGAUGGCCCGAGUCCCGCCUCCCUGUGUUCACGGAGGAGGAGAUUCUGUACAACCGCGGCACGGCUGACUUCGUGGGGCUGAACCAGUACUCGGCUCGCCUCAUCUACGCCUCCAACGACACUAGCCCCGUUGACCAGAAUGGCUGGUUCAACUGGAUGUCCAUCAUGAUUCCCGAUCUGAGAGGCUACAAAGAAACUGUAGACCCUAGCUGGCCUCAGGGAGAGAUGAUAUUCCUUCUGGUAACACCCUGGUGUGUCCGCCGACAACUGGAGUUUUUCCGGGGUAUGUACCAGUACGAUGGGCCAUUCUACCUGACGGAGACAGGCAUCUCUGAGGCGGAGUCCGAUCAGCCCGACUUAAACGACAUCUGGCGCACCUGCUACUAUACGCUGUACACCAAUGAAGUGGUGAAAGCUGUUGAACUAGACGGAGUCGACCACCGGGGAUUUUUCGCAUGGACGCUGAUGGACAAUGUGGAGUGGGGAUCCGAGACUCAUGAGCGCUUCGGACUCUUCUACACCAACUUCUCUGAUCCUGCACGCACCCGGACCGCGAAGAACUCCGUGGCUACAUACCGGGACAUCGCGACUACCAACGGUUUCCCGGCCGGCGCCCCUCACACGGAGACCGCCCGUGCCAUCUGGGACUGGUGCCACACCUGGGAGCCUUAUGAAGGAACUAAGCCUCCGGCAGCAACCUUCAAGUAAGACAAGAUAAG